ACAGUGAAAUUAAAUGGUGGCCGACACGUCCAAGGGAUACUGCGGGGGUUUGAUCCCUUCAUGAACCUGGUCAUUGAUGAGUGUGUGGAGAUGGCACCGGGCGGACAGCAGAACAACAUUGGCAUGGUGGUAAUAAGAGGUAACAGCAUCAUCAUGCUGGAAGCACUGGAACGAGUAUAG